CAACCCGCGGAGCUCACGAGGCAGCUCGGAGGAAAACAGGUCGCAUCUUCACAAACAAACAGGAAAACGGAGGAAAAAUGAGUCGCGAGCUGAGCGAGGAGGAGCUGCUGGGCUUGUACGCGUGGAUAGACCGAAUACCGCUGGCCCGGCCGAAGAGACACAUCACACGAGACUUCAGCGACGGAGUGAUGGCUGCGGAGAUUGUGAAAUAUUUCUUCCCAAAGCUCGUUGACCUUCACAACUAUAUUCCUGCAAACUCCACUCCACAGAAGCUCAGCAACUGGAGCCUCCUCAACAGGAAGGUGUUUUCCAAGCUGAACUUUCAUUUGCCUGAAGACACAGUGAAUAGGAUUGCACUGAGCACUGCAGGAGCGAUAGAGCCGGUGCUGAGCGCCCUGAGGGAGAAGAUAGACAAGAAACUGGAGCAGACUGCAGACAACAUACUGGAUUUGGAAUAUUUUGACCCCAGGAAACACCACGAGAGACUUCCUGCAGAAAUUCGUCAGACUGAAGUGGCUCAGCUGAGAGGAGAGGAGAUGAAAAAAGAUGAUAGGAGAAGACCAAGGAACGGUAACCUGCAGCACACAGCACAGUUUGACACAGACAUGGACCCAAGAUUCAGAAUAAUCCUGCAGGAAAAAGAGCAAACUGUCACUGCUUUGCAGGAGACUGUGGAGAUCUUGCAGAUGAAAAUGAGCAGGUUGGAGCAUCUGGUUCACUUGAAGGACAUGCGUAUUGAAGAACUAACCCGGCAUCUGGAGACGUACAAAGCCAACGGCAAUCCACGCUGACGAAUCCACACACUCAGAAUUUGUAAAAAUAACUUGUAGACUUACUCCUGUAACACAAACUCUUCUAUUGUUAAAGGUAAACAAGUAAAUGCAGGUAAACGAUUAUAGUCCUAUUGUAAAUGACCGCUAACUUGUUAGUUUAUGCAGUUUUGUGAUGAUGUAUUAUUUGUGUUGGGUUUAGUUUGUUAUUGUUAUUCUCCCAUGUAUGUAUUUUGUUAUUUGAAUUAGUAAUUUGUUUUCCUUUUAAUUUGGCGACUCACCCCUCAUAAUUGCCUGUAGCUUUCGCGGAGGGAACAGAUAUUAUCUGAGGAGAUAUCACUUGCUCCGGGAUAAUUAGAGACUUCCUGUUUGAGCUUGAUAAAAUACUUAUCAAGACGCUGCACAUCAGCGUCUCGACGAUUAACCUGUCAAACAUCUCAUGUUUUAAAAGCUUUGUUCAAUAUUUAUUCAUAUAUUUAAUAUCCAUGAUAUAGGAAUUGUAGUUAUUGGCCUUGAUGAUUAAAUAUUUGUAAUAGUUUUAUUUAAUUUGUAUUAAAUGAUUAUCAUAUACUUCACGUUAGCAUUGAGUAUGAAUUUACAUUUUGUAUAUGUCCUCCUAGUUUCAUGGUGUUUCUACGGUGCAAUGUUUGAAUGUUGUCAUUAAA